UUCAAUCUCUCUGAUUCAAACCCUAACGCUUCGCGAUUUCGACGCUCUCAGAGGAUUGAUUCUCGAGCUCCUUUGAAGGAAUCUAAACCACUUUGUAGCACUUAGUUUGCAAAAUUUUACCUGCUGAAGAAUUUGGGUUGGGUUAUCUAUGCCUGGCAACGAAGUUGGAGACAGGAUACAUAAUUUCCUUGGCCAAGAGGGUGUGUCACAAGGCCAACAUCAUUCACAAGUCACUGACGGGGCCUGGCCCAGCUUGAAUAAUAAUCUGUGGGUUGGAAAUCAGAGACAAAUUGGUGGACCUCUUCUUUCUAAUUUGAAGAACUAUAACUUACAGCAAUUAGCUGAUUCUGAAAGAGAACAUGGAGAUCAGUCUUUACGCCUGCAGCAUGGCUUAAACUUUAUGCAAUCAUCUCUGAGGUCUGAAAUUGCUGGAGGUUCAUCUCAAAAUCAAUCACCAAUUGUCAAUGGCUAUUUGCAAGGGCAUCAGACUUUCCAGUCAAGGCAGAGUGAAACAAACUUUUUGGGAGUGGAUACAACGUCAAGAAGCUUAUCAGUUCUUGAGUCACAGAUGGGAAAUGGCCCUGAACUUCAUGAGAAAAAUUCAACUAGCUUGGAAUCUACUGAAUCUCCGGUCAAUUAUGAUUUUUUUGGAAGUCAACAGCAGAUUGGUGCACAACAGCUUGGCAUGCUGCAACCUUUGCCAAGACAGCAGUCAGGGAUUAAUGACAUGCAUUUGCUACAACAGCAUGUCAUGCUUAAGCAAAUGCAAGAACUUCAUAGGCAACAGCUUCAGAAGCCACGGUUUCAGCAACAUGAAGCAAGUCAUUUGAAUCCCAUCAAUCAGAUUUCCUCCAUUGCAAAACAGGGAUCAGGCAAUCUCUCACAGGUUUCUGUCAAUGGUGUUUUAACCCAUGAUGUGUCUAGUUGUUCGUGGCAGCCUGAACUUGUGACGGGCAGUGAAAAUUGGCUGCAGAAUGGUGCCUCUACGGUUAUGCAAGGAUCCUCUAGUGGAUUUAUGUUUUCCACUGAGCAAGGCCAGGCGCAUUUGAUGGGUUUAAUUCCUCAGCAGGUUGAUCAAUCUCUUUAUGGUGUCCCUAUCACUGGCACAAGAGGCAAUGCAAGUCAAUAUUCUUCUGUCCAAGUUGAUAAGCCUUCAAUGCAGCAGGUAUCAGCCACUGGUAAUGCUUUUCAAGGCAAUCAAUAUGCUGCCCCGCCAGAUCAAGGAAGUCUGCGGGACAGAACUUCAGUUCUUAAACAUGGUGACCAGAGCAGAAGCAUCUUUGGGCCAGAUGCUGGUCAAGCUUUCAAUGGUGGGCAUAAUUUGGAAACCUUGCAAUACAUGAAUACCCAGCAAAUAAAUUCACUGAUGUCGGAAUUUAAUGGGCGGCAAGAAAUUGCCAGUCCAUCAGAAGCAUCCAUGGAGAAGUCGGUGAUUCCGGCUUCCUCUUCUCAGAAUGUCACAACCCUAGAUCCAACUGAAGAAAAGAUUUUGUUUGGUUCAGAUGACAGCAUCUGGGAUGUUUUUGGAAAGGGUUCCAACAUGGGCUCACUGUUGGAUGCUACGGACACUUUUGGUUCCUUUCCUUCUCUGCAAAGUGGAAGCUGGAGUGCUCUUAUGCAGUCAGCUGUAGCUGAAACUUCAAGUAGUGACGUAGGUAUACAGGAGCGGGAUGGUUUGAGUCUGCAGAAUAAUGAACCUCCUGCUAGAAAUCAGCAGUCCUCAACUGUCAAUGAUGGCAGCAAAAAGCAAUCAGCCUGGGCUGAUAACACAGUGCAGACUGGUUCAACACUUAAUUCUCGAUCUUUUACUCCUGCUGAUGGUCAUACAAAUCUUAAUUAUUCUAGUUUUCCUGGUGUGCAACAAUUAGCAGUUCAGGCUACAGUUAGACAGAGUGAAAGACUGCAGAAUGAUUCUUCUCAGAGAUUUCCUCAGCAGUCUCCAGAAGAACAGACUAAAUGGUUAGAUCGCAGCCUUGUGAAAAAACCUUUAGAUGAAAGCAGUCAACACUUUGGAAAUAUUUCUCAUUCUGCAAAUUCCCAAUCAAGCAUGAAGAGUAUUUCGGGUUACCAUCAAAGCAUAGCUUCACAUAAUCUUGGUAGUCAACCAUACAAUAAACCGAAUGGUUGGAACUUCAUUGGGUCUGCAUUGCAUGGUGCUGGUAUCUUAUCAGAAAAUCAGGGAAAUGAAGGCUCAUUGCAACAUUUCCAGGGUAGCAAUAAAAAAAGUUACAUCCAUGAGGAAAAGGGUCAUAACAGUGGUCCAUUGAAGAUUGAUUCUAUUUCUAAUGUGGCUGGCGAAAUGGGGCAUAUGAAAUCUGCCAUGACAAGCCCACAGUUUUAUAGAGAAGGUUCUAAUCUAAAAAAUGCUGCUGCCAAAACAGAUUCAAUCACUACACGGUUGACUAAGGAAAGUAGCCAACAGCUUGCACAUGGUCAUAAUUUAAAUCUCUGGAAAAGCAUUGAUUCCACAGCAAACUCUGGUUUAAACAGGGUUUCAGCCGAAUAUCAGCAUCAAGAAGAUAAGAGUGCUCACACUUUAGAGUCAUUUGAAAAUAAUUUCUCUGACAAGGGAGCAGUUGAAGCACAUGAGUUGGAGAAUUCCAACAUAAAAGAAAACUCGAAUGACAGUUUUCGCUCUAAUGCAUCCCAGCACUCUUCUGGUAGCAGCAUGAGAGAAAAAGUCCAGUUGGAUGGAAAUGAUCCAGAUGGAGGGAAACAGAAGUCAUCUAGCCAUGUUAGUUGGAAACCUCCUGUAACACGUAAAUUUCAGUAUCAUCCCAUGGGGGAUUUGGGUGUUGAGGUGGAACCUUCCUACAGAAUUAAACAUGUAGCACAUUCACAUUCCAGGCCCCAAGAUGUUUCCCAACUGAGAGGCGAUAACCAGAAUUAUGUCCAGGCAAAAUUUCCUGGGCAAGUUACUGGAGAGUCUUUUUUAAAUGGGAAGGGCCGUUUUGCUGGUCUUCAAGGAGAUGCCAAGUGCUUUGAUGGGGUGCCUUCAAAAAGCAUGUAUCCUGGUUGUGCAACUGCCACAGCUAUUCCCCUUGACAGGUCUUAUGCCAAUCAUGUUCCAGACAAAACAACUCUAAUGAGUCAAAACGUGCUGGAACUUCUUCAGAAAGUGGAUCAAUCAAAGGAUAGUGGUAUUGCAGCGCACCUCACUUCUUCCCAAAGAAAUCAGUCAUCUGAAAUGGCAGACACCAAAGCUUCUGAUGGAUCAGUUGACCACCUUCAGCAAAUUCAGUCUUCUUCAUCACAAGGUUUUGGCUUACAAUUGGGCCCUCCUUCUCAGAGGUCGCCCAUUCUGGAUCAUGCAUUUACUUCUCAGAGUGCUGCACAGACUGUUUGUUCUCUAAAUACAACAGCUGCAUCUUCUGAUAUAGGGAGGAAGGCUCAUAACACACGGUUGGGGCCUACAGCUUCUGUUCAGUCAUCAAAUCCUCAUCAAACACCAACAGUGGAAUUUAAGAAUACUAUUCCUAUUAUGUCAGGUCACAUCGACAACAAGGUCUUCCAAUAUAAUAUGAAUGGAGCUGCUCUUACUUCUGGUUUUCCUCAUUCAAGAAGUCAUUUUCAAAAUCAGAAUGUAACUAGUGUGGGUGGUCCAGUUGUAUCAAGUGAAUCUGUUAAAACCCCUUUUAGCAGGUCAGUGUCUCAAGGAAAGCAGACUGAUGACUUGUAUGAAAGAGCUCAAACCAGUCAAUCUGGGAUGGCAUCAGUGGCUCAUAUGCCUAAAGGUGUCCUGGAUAAUGACCUUACUUCUUCUACAGAAACAUCACAGCCAGCUACCAACCAAAACCAUGAAAGAGAUCCAGCUCCAGCGUUGAAGGCAAUGUCCACUUCUGGGCCUUCUGUUACACUUGGAUCUUUCCCUAAUGCACCACAAUCAUGUUUUUUAGGAUCUCAACCUGCUAAGAUUUCUCAAAAUUUGUUUAAGCCUCAAGUUCAUUCAAAUAACAAUUCAGAAACACCUCUCUCUGGAUCACAGAAGCUAGAUGGUCAACUUUUCCAGACAGUUGGGAAUGAUCCAUCUGAGUUUGAUGCAAGCUAUGGUAAAUCACGAAGCUUUGUCGCAGAGGAGCAAUCCUUAAGAGUAAAGCAGGUUUCCCAAGAGAAUGAUACCAGCCAAAAGACACCGAAUGCAUCACAUGUACAGCAGAAAGAAUCUGUUGUAAAGAGUGAUGGGUCUUCAGGUCUUACUACUUCACGAGGAGAAAUUGAAGCAUUUGGUCACUCUUUAAAACCAAAUAACAUGAUACAUCAAAACCUUUCCUUGCUCCAUCAGGUGCAGGCCGUGAAAAGUAUAGAGAUUGAUCCUAGUAAUAGGAGUUUAAAAAGAUUUAAAGGUCCAGACUCUGGUCUGAAUGCUCAACAGGUCGCUGCACUGGGAGGGCACCAGUUAUCUUACGGAUCUAACACUGUAGUCCGAGAUGAACCAGUUAAUCAUACCUUGGUUCCUUCUGGAGAUUCUAAGAUGGUAGGCUUUUCGUUAAAUUCAGGAGAUAAUCUUGAGGCAAAUGCAUCUUCUGAUGAUAUGCUUGCAUAUGGUCCAAAAGAUAUUCAGAAAUUUUCCAGCAAUGGUAGUCCUGCAGCCACUAGGCGUGAGCAUACUCAAGUUAGUCCUCAGAUGGCUCCGUCCUGGUUUGAUCGGUAUGGGACCUUUAAGAAUGGGCAGAUGUUGCCUAUGUAUGAUACUCAAAAAUUUGCUGCAACAAUGACUCUGGAAAAGUCUCUAAUUGUUGGGAGGCCCUCUGAUAGUUUGCAUCCUCUUCAUUCAACUCAGCAAGUACCUGCUGCUGCUGUUACUGAGUUGGAUAAUGUCUUGCAAAACUCAAGCUCCAUGUCAAUGGCAAGUGAGCAUAUCUCCACCCUUUGCUUACCACCUCCUGAUAACAGUAAUGAGAAUUUGGUUGUUACGAGGCCAAAGAAGCGUAAAAGUGCCUCGUCUGAACUUCUGCCUUGGCAAAGAGAAGUGUCACAGGGUUCUCCAAGGCUUCUAAGCAUAAGUGUGGCUGAGGUAGAAUGGGCUCGGGAGUCAAAUAGACUGAUUGAGAAGGUGGAAGAUGAUGUUGAGUGGAUUGAGGAUUGGCCACCUAUGCUUCGAUCAAAAAGAAGGCUUAUCUUGACAACACAGCUCAUGCAGCAACUACUGCACAAUGCACCCAGAGUAGUUCUCUCCGCAGAUGCUAGCAAAAAUUAUGAGAGUUUGGCCUACUUUGUUGCUCGAUCAGCUUUAGGUGAUGCAUGCAGCACAACAUCUAUCUCUGCAUGUGAUACUAAUUCCCAUUCUGACAGUGGAAACAUCAGCUCUGAAAAACAUAAACUGUCAGAGAGAUAUGGUGACCAGUAUAUCUUGAAGGCUCUGGAAGAGUUUCUCAGUAAAUCAAGGGAGUUGGAAAAUGAUAUAUUGAGACUGGACAAGAGAGCCUCAAUUUUAGACCUAAGAGUGGAAUGUCAGGAGCUUGAGAGGGUGUCAGUUAUCAAUCGCUUUGCGAGGUUCCAUGGCCGGGGGCAAGCUGACGGGGUUGAGUCCUCAUUGUCCUCUGAUGGACCAGUGAAUAUUCCAAAACCCUUCCCCCAAAGAUAUGUUACUGCCUUUCCGAUACCCAGGAAUCUCCCUGAUAGGGUACCUUGUCUUUCACUUUGAUCAUUAAUUCAUUGGUUUUCCCUCUUUUCCGGCCAUUGUCUUCUUACCCCUCCUACUUCCCUGGUCCAAAUUCUUCCAACUUAUACCUUGGCACUUGCUCAGAAUUGAACCACACAAAUGAAAAUGUAGGUGAAGUAUGUCUCCUUAAAUUCAACGGAGACAGUUGAUAUUUGAUUCUUGGCCAUUGAUGUAUUCUUGAGAAAUAUAAGUUGGUCUUUGUAUACUUUUGAAAGUCCCCAUGAUUUUUCAUUUAAUGGGGGAGAAGAGAAGUCCAUUGUGGUCUUUCGAAGAGGUGCUCACAAGAAAUAACUAAAUCCAGUUUAUAGUGUAUUUAUUAAGGUUUCCAUGGGUUCUCAUGCAGACUGUUCUGUCCUUAUCUCUUUUAUUUAUUUAUUUAUUUAUUUAUUUAACUUUUUUUAGGACAGUGAGUGUCCCUGGAGAAGUUUUAGUGCAUUUUCGCAUGCAAUUUUAAAGGUAUAUUUCACUCGGAUCAGUCUGAUGCAUUUUAGGUAUCAACUCGAAGUGUGUGUUGUUAUCUUGUGUCUUGUUCCCUCCGAUGUAGCUGACUG